CCCAAUCUUUUAUGGGACGGAGGGAGUGUUAUAUAUAUAUACAUGAAACCCCAAACCUAAAUUAAAGAAAAAACUCUUACAAGGGAAAAGAAGAAGAAGAAUAACAGAGAAUGAAACCAAACACUACACAAGCAGCCCUCUCCUUCUUCAUAAUCACUAUAAUCUUCACUUACAUUUGCAAGAAAACCAUUAAAAUGCUCCCAAGUUCAUCUUUCAUCAGCUAUGUCAUCUUCAUAGCUACACAGCUCAAAUGUGCUUGGGAUUUUCUCCUCCUCCAAUCCUUCGGCCUGGCGGGACGACAAUGGCCGUACAUAUUCGAAACCUACGAUGUGGGGCCCGCCGUGAGGCGGUUUGACGGCGGGCCCGCGGUGGAAUGCGCGGUGUGUCUGUGCCCGAUGGAGCACGGGGAGGAGGUUAGGGACUUGAGGUGCGAGCAUGUGUUUCAUAAGGCCUGUUUGGACAGGUGGUUGGGCACUGGGCGCCUGACGUGCCCGUUGUGCCGCAACCACGUCCUGCUGCCGCGUGCGGCGGCGGCUUUGUCAGAGCUCCGCCACGACGAAGUCAUUGUGUUGGAUGCCUUUGGCGGUGGUAGAAGCCGAGACCGGUGCACGGGGUGGCUCAGGUGAUUUGAUCAAACAAGAUUCUAUCUACGAGCAGUAUGUAGCAUUCUAUAAUCGCUUGGAGUCAAAUUCAACACAUACUACACUAAUGAGUAUGAAAGCUACUAAUAAAGAAUAUGUGUAGAUAGAAAAAGAAUGUGUUAAAAAUAUCAAAACAAGAGUGUUACUCCCUCCGUCCCAUAAAGUGUUACCCAUUUU